UUUGGCAGUUGGCUCAUGUGUAGAUGCCUAUAUCGUGAGUUAGUGCCGCUUUAUCUAUCACGCGAGUACUCUGCACUUGCAAGGGUGAUGCUGAUAGUGUUAUGUACUCGCUAGCGUCGAACGCGUUCGCUAAAUGCUCAAUUAUUUUAUUAUUGCGUAUCGUUCAGCUCGCACAGUUCAGCUUCGGCUGUCACAGCGGUGACACGUACCGGUAAUCGGUAUUCUAUAUCGGUAUAUUUAUCGCGCAUAGAAUUAAUAACGUUAUUUAUUUUUAGUAUCGGAACAUUAUUAGCUUUAGAGUUUAGACUAGAUUCGGUUGUUAGAUUUUUAUAUUUAAAGGGACUGCGUUGCUUUGGUGUUUUGACUGAAAUUACAAAAAUAUUUUUGGUUAGGAAUUAGAAUCUGCAUUAGUUUGAAUUAACGUGAUAUUCUUAGAUUUAUGGGAAUUGAAAUCGGCAGUUAAGUAAUCUACUAUUAUAUUUUAAAGGGACUGCAUCAAUGUUUGACUGGUUAAUAGGGUAAAUAGAAAGAGUUAGUGUGUGGUGGAUUUUGUCUAUCAAAAUUUCGUUCCAAAGUGAUCGUUCGGGAGUGUUAAAUGGUACUGGUGAUGUGAGACUUGGUGCCAUGGAUACGAUGUUGAACGUGUGGACGGUGGUGGAGAAUGUCCGGGUGGCCAGCAGCGCCGCUGAGAUGGCCAUCUUCACCGCCAUACUCUACUGGUUCUUUACCUCCAGCCGUGUAGCUGAUAUGCUGGAAGUGGUGGGGGAGCGGGUGGGAGGAUGGUGCGGACGUGACUCCAGCUCGCUGCGGCAGGCGGUGCGCGCGCGCCGGAGGCACAAUGCUGAUGUCUAUGCCAAGCUGGACGCUGAGUAUGCGUCCCGAACAUCGUCGCUGUAUCGACUGAAGGAAGAGCCUCAAGUGCCGACGCCGCAGCCCGAGACCCGACCGCCAGCUGGACUGGCAUGCUCCAGGUGUGCACCUUUAUCCAGGGAGUCAUGGAAGGACCCGAAAUCGGAAGCGUCGGGAUCCGUGAUCAACAUAUUGGACAUUGGCCGCCAAACGUUUGCCAAUGGCGGCGUAGUGGCGCGGUAUUUGUGCGACUUGGCCCAGUGUGUGCACCUCGUCAAAUAUGACUUCAAAGAUGUAGUUCCUAGUGUGGUGAAAGACGAGCGGUUCCAGCGCGCGAUAGAAGAUACGACUCAUGAGGAGAUGAAGAAGAUGGCGAAUGGCACGCAUAAAAGUGAAGACACAUACACAACCACUAGGAGACGUGUUGAAGCGCGGGCUAUGAAAGUGCUGGCCAAUAUCUCAUCUGCCAUGUCCACACAUGUUCUAAGAUUGGUUGCCUGGGUGUGUCACAAAGCGGUUCGUCGUAUCGCUGGCGGCGGCUGCGGUACUCGGGCGGCUUGCGUUGAGCGCUUGCGCAGGGCCAAAGCCGCCGGCUUGCCGCUAGUGUUUGUGCCGCUACAUCGCUCGCACUUCGACUACAUACUAGUGACCUUCACGUUGUAUCUGACUGGGCUGAGGCCACCGCUGGUUGCCGCCGGCGACAAUAUGAGGAUACCUUUCUUUGGAUGGUUUUUACGCGGCUGUGGUGCUUUCUUCAUCAGACGUCGAGUCGACGGCUCGGAAUAUCACGGAGAUCCUAUUUAUAAAUCUGCUCUUAGGGCAUACAUCCUCAACAGUUUGGCAGCAAAUAACAAUCUAGAGUUCUUUAUCGAAGGCGGACGCACCAGGACCGGGAAACCGCAGUUACCUAAAGCGGGAAUCCUCUCCGUUAUAAUGGACGCAUACAACGACGGUACAAUAGACGACGCUCUGUUGGUGCCUGUGACUCUGAACUAUGAUCGCCUGGUGGACGGGAACUUCGUGCGAGAACAAUUGGGCAUGCCCAAACAGAUGGAGACCUUCUGGUCCGCCUUGAGGGGAAUAUGGAGGACCCUGAACACCAAUCAUGGCAGCAUACGAGUGGACUUCAACCAGCCUAUAUCACUCAAGGAAUUAGUGACCUCAUUCCAAAAGUACAACUACUUGAAGGCACCAAUAGAGAGGGCCCUAACGCCGCCAAACAACAACCUAGCCGUGAAUCUAGACAGGCAGAUCUUAUACAACCAUAGCCACAGCAGCUUGUUCGGAGAUGACGUCAGCACUGACCAGAAGAUGAUGGUGGAGGCCAUCGGCAGACAUCUUGUUUAUGACGCAGCCCAAUCAACGGCCCUAAUGUGCACGAACGUGGUAUCGUACGUGCUGCUGACCGAGCAACGCCGCGGGUGCAGCUUGUCUCAGCUGCAGGCUAGCGUGUCCGAGCGGGGCAAGGCUCUGAAGCGUGCCGGCCGGGACCUGGGCUACACGGGCGAAGACCAUCUUGUGACCAAGCGGGCUUUGGAGAUGCUGGGCAACACUCUGGUGCGUGUGGAAGGCAGUGGUGCCAACAGGACUGUACGAGCUCAUGCAUCAGUACCGGCAGCUUUGGAACUGUCGUAUUACGCCAACGCGCUGGUUGCGCACUACGCCGCGCCCGCUAUAGUGGCGACAGCCCUAGAAAGCAUAGUAUUCAAACAGAACUCGGAUGAAAAUACAGUCAGACACUCGGAACUAAUGGAGGCAGCCCUGCAACUCAGCGAGAUUCUUAGCCAAGAGUUUAUUCUGUGUGCGCCUUGCACCAGGAUAGAAGAACGCCUUCAGGAAGCUUUAGAAGAACUUAUCGCCCAGGACAUACUCUCUGAUACAAAGGCCCCAGAUGCUUUGGAAGAGCAGCGCUGGUCGCGACGGUUCGCGAAGAACUUCGACGACGAUGACGACGAGGAAGACGAAUUUCGGCCUGACCCCACACGUCUCAUCAAAUACAAAAUAUCCAAAAGUCCGGAAGCGCUUGCGGAACGCCGUCGGCUCGUGCAGACGAUCAGGCCGCUACUGGAGGGCUACGCGGCCACGUGCCGCUGCGUUCGCGACGCGACACAGAAAGAGGUCGUGGGCGCCGCGUUAGACUCGCUGCUCGAAAGCUUCGCGCAGAACAGAAUGGUUUAUGGUGAAGCGGUAUCAACGGACGCGAUACGGAACUGCCUGCGGCUUCUACGCCAAUGGGGCGUCAUAGAGAUGUACACAGAGCAACGAGAGAGAAGGAUCCGAGUGUGUCCACCCUAUGAUAACGAGGAUGCCAUGCACAAUGUGUGCGCGAACAUUUACCAGUUCAACAUGACCUCGCCCUGCUGUGAGAAGUGACCUCUGGUCAUCCUCAGUGACCAAGUAUGACCUCUGGUCAUCUUCAGUGACCAAGUGUGACCUCUGGUCAUCUUCAGUGACCAAGUGUGCCCAAAGUGUGACCAAAAAUGUGAUGUGUAAAAAAAUUUACUAAAUAGUGAAGUGGUUUGUGCAAAGAGUUAGUGUGGAAGUGCUAUGUUGCGAGUGUUCCGCUGCAGAUAUUUGAAUAUUGGCCUUUGUUGUUUCAACCAGUAGAUGUCAACUGUUAUUCUGAGAUCUAUAGACUAUAGAGCGCAGUUUGACUUUGCUCAGACUUGAGACACUGUUAAAACGAGACAGAGUUAUAUGGCUGGCAUAAAUCUAUCUUGUUUUAACUGAAACUCAAGUCUAAGCAAAGUCAAAGUGUGUUCUAUAGAUUACAACAUUAGACAGGUCUCUUGUUAGCAUCUCCUUACUGCUGUUCUGUAACUCAAUAGUUAAUCGCAAAAAUGUUUUAAGUUAUUGUCAAAAAAGGUUGGAAUUUACAAAAAUAAUGUUAUGUU